GGUCCAACAGGGACUUGAUUCAUUCACUCCCACUCGUGCUGCGUCUUUGCAUGCACACAUUAGCACCUGCGCAAGCGCACACAGGUGGCAAAAGGUGCGGAUACCUUUUGGAUACAACAUGGAAGGACCAUUACGCAACUUACUUGUAGAGUUUUUACGUGCAGUCAGACACUUGCUUUAGUUCAGAAAAGCAAAAAAAAAAAAAAAAAAAGUCUUGACACAAUCCACUCUGUCCAAAAGGAGCAGGAGGGAGAGCCGAGGGAUCGGAACACUGGAGCUCAAGGAUAAACCAUGGACACUGCGUACAUCCCGACACAGCUGGAGGUUCACAAUGCUCCCUGCUAACCUCCUGCUCCUCAUGGUCCUGCUGCUACCUCAAACCUCGUCCGGCGGCCAGGGUGACACCGGCGAGGUCGACAAUGGCAGGCUGGCCGGCGCGGCGCCCUUCAUUUCGGAGCCCCAGCCCAGCGGUUUCCCCCCGGAACCGGGCCUGGCUCAGACCAUCCAGAGUCUGCUGCUGAGGCGCCUGGGACUGCAUUCGCAACCCAACCCUCGGCCUGGCGUGCCGGUCCCCCGGUACCUCAUGGAUAUGUACCGCUUCCACCAGCAGCAGUACCACCUGCUGGAGGACCCGUCCUUCAGCUUCCCCAGCCAGCACGUGCAGCAGGCCAACACCGUACGCAGUUUUCACCACACCGAGCCCCUCACAGCAGAGGACCACAAAUGGGGGUACAUCUCCUUCAAUAUUUCCUCCAUCCCCCUGGAUGAGAAGGUCCUCUCCGCCGAACUCCGCCUCUUGCGUACCGCUAGGACCACGUCCUUAGGCCCCGGCCCACACAGACUGAACCUGUACCUCACUGGGCACCGACAGGACCCGCGCCCCACCCUACUCGAGACCAGACUCCUUGCCGCUGAACCUCAAAGUCAUACAUCCGGCGGCCUCUGGGAGGCAUUCAGUCUGAAUGCAGAACUCUUCGAUUUGGCCCUGAAUGGAGCAGACCACCUUGCCUUUCUCCUAGAGGUGGUGCCAGAAAACAGCACCGGUCGGGAGGCAGGUGAGGAACACAAGGGCGAGCACUUGAGGGUGUGUAGAUCAGUGGGGCAGGACGAGCACAGCUGGGCCCAGGAGAGACCCCUCCUGGUGACGUAUAGUCACGACGGGCGGGGAGAGCCAUUGGUCAAACACAGCCAAAGGAACCUUAGUGGGGUGCCCAGGAAAAGUUGGAAUAGAGACCAAAAGUGGGGCCAUGUUAAAACCUAUAAAAUGCCGAGUUUGGGUGGCCAAACGGGAAGGGUUAAACGUAACGGCGGACGGGCGGCCAAGCUCAAGCGCCUCUCCCGCAAUCGCUGCCGCCGCCAUCCCCUCUACGUGGAUUUUAACGACGUGGGCUGGCACAAGUGGAUCAUCGCACCCAGUGGCUACGACGCCUUCUUCUGCCUGGGCGAAUGCCGGUUCCCCUUGGCCGACCACAUGAAUUCUUCCAGCCACGCUAUGGUGCAGAUGCUGGUCAACUCGGUCAACGGCGCCGUGCCGCGGGCCUGCUGCGUGCCCACCUCCCUCAGUCCCAUCGCCCUGCUCUACCUGGACCCCCAGGACCGCGUGGUGCUGAAGAACUACCAGGACAUGGUGGUGGAGGGCUGCGGGUGCCGGUAGCGUGCAGGAGAAACCGGGGAGGAAAAUGAUGGCAGGAGGUUCUCCAGUGAGGGAAAUCCCAACAAAAAGCUUAAACGUCAGAAAAUAUGGUGGCACUUUUUCACUGCACGGUACCGGAAGGUGGGAAAAACAUACAAAAUUGAAUGCAUGAACAAAAAUGUGACAACUUUUGACUGAGGGCUGUUUCAUCCGAGUUGAGACUGUGGAGUGUAACACAGAAGUUAAAUUGGAGUACACAAACAAUCCAAAUUGGCCCAAAUUUCGGUCUAUUUUGCCCCCUUCCGAUCAAAGUCAACAAAGGCUCAAUUAUCACUUGUCUCUAAAAGAUAUUUUUGAGCCAUUAUCAUGGUGUGUGUGAAGUGUUGUUAUUUUCCCUCCUUGAUCUGAUUGUAAAACAGUCGGGAUGACAAUUGUACAUAUUAAAAUGAUUCAUUGUUUACGAUUGAAGAUACAGAACAAUAGCCUCAUAACGGACAACUGGGCCAAAUUUGUGCAUUUUCAAUGCUUUCCAGUCAAAGUCAACAAAGGUUCUAUUGUCAAAUAUUUCUCAAAGGUUAUCCUGAGCGAUUAUCCUGUGGUGUGAGGUGUGUUAAGAGGGAUUUCUCCACUCCCAUCUGCUCACUAAACAAUCACUCCGACUUGUUCAAUACAUGCCACUACAAAUUCUUGUGGUUGGUCAACACCAAGUUGGGCCGAGUACACCACACAUGAAAAGAGAAAGAAUAAACAUAUUUGCAGAUUGUAUUUGCUUGUCAUGUGUGGGGCAUCUCGCUUUUUGAACAUUUGCAUAAUCUUAAUAUGUUAAAAAGCUGUAUGUGUGUACCCAUCUUAAACACAUCCAGUGUUGGGGCAAAUUUGAGCUUUUUCCACCCUUUCCGAUGAAUUUUGGUUGCAAUUCCAAAAAGCAUCCUCAUCAAUACGCUUGUGCUAUGAGGUGUGCUAAAAUAAUUUUUUCCUUCUCAGUCAUUGGCUUGUUAAAUGAGUGGAUACCGUGCAGUGGGAAAAGGGUAGACACAGUCAUUUUUGUUUUACAAUAGCCGUAAACGUCAGCCAUCAAAGUAUCUUUAUGGAAAACUAUCAAGAGGCUGUACAUGAAGCCAACUUUCGGUCACCAGCUAUUUAAAACCAAAACACAUAAACAAUGCUGAGAAGAAGAAAAAAAAACUGUGCUAUUGUUUUAAAUGUACUCCAUUAUUAUUUAAAAGAAAACUUUUUCUUUACAGACGUGGAAGUGAUCCGAUGCGAUUCCAUCUCAAGCCACCGUUGCGCCAUUGUUUAACUUAAAAUCUAUUUAAAGACUGCAGAUGUAUUUAAUCUCAGUGAUAUUUAAGAGAAACUGCACAUGAAAUGAGUUAUGCUGUUGCCUCAUAUGUUUGUGCGUUAUGUCAGCUGAGCAAAAUACACAACAUAAGUGGCGUCCACUAACAAAGGUGUGUGUAUGAGCGUGCAUGUGUGUAUGGCUUAGGAAUUGGACAGACUAGUCGACUUUACUACUUCACUAUGACGCUUAGACAAUGACAUUGUCUAAACACUCAUACAAGUCAAAUUUAUUACUUGAUAGCUGCCAAGUGUACCUUACAACUCCACAAUGUAUUGAGUGUGACAUCGAAUAGGGUAUAACCGAUUAGUCAACUAGUUGAUGAGUCAUCUUUACUACUCCACAAUGACAUUUAGACUGGAACAUUGAGUAGUCACUCACUUAUAGGGGUUGGCUCAGUUAGUGACUCCCCCACAAAGAUAUUUAAAGCGUGAUGGAUGGAUUAACAAGUCGCUGAUAGGGAUCGGACCAAUUAGUUGAUUAGUCAUCCCGUCGACUUUACUCCUCCGUAAUGAUAUUUAAAGCAUGACGUCAACAAGUCACUAAUGGGAAGGAACCGAUAAAUCAGCUCGUCGAUGAGUCGACAUUACUACUCCACAAUAAGAUUGCCGUCGACUUUAUUAGUCCGUGUCAACAUUCAUCGUCAACUCAUUGCUAAUCAUGUGGCAUCGUGUCUUCCGGUCGGGCAAUUUACUGUGGACUGUCGACUCGCCCAUUUGCUUUCUUCACUGGACUUUAACGCUUCGUAGAGCUCCGGACUGUCCCGGCAAGUCUUCACAGAGCCCAGGCGAUGCUCUCGUGUUUUAACUUGUGUUCGGCGUAAAUCGGGUUUAUUUAGGCCAGUAGCCUCAAAUAUCAUUAACAAACAUCAUCAGCGACUUUUUGACUCUGCAAUUAGUGUAAAAAUCUGAAGUCAUGUGACCUCUAUGGUCUGUGUAUAUCAUCGUUGCUGCCAAAGUGAAGUGUCGUUCGUCGUGUCUGCAUGUGCCAACAGCAAUGAAAAACAUUUUGUGCCUUCCAAAAUCAUGUGUUUGUUCUCUGCUCAUUGUUUUUUUCCCCCAGUGUUGCAUUCUCUUCUCUCUUUGUGAAAACAUCGAUGCAGCAGCAGCUUGUAAAAGUUCCGAAUAUGACUCCCAAUAAAGAAAAGAAACAGA